GUAAAUAUGCUGAAUGUCUAAAUAUAUGCUCAUGAAAGUUAAAAAGUAUUCAUUUUAACUAGAAAAUAACGUUAGUUUUUUCUACUUCAACUCUAAAUAGUGGUAUAUAUAAUAAAACUUUGUUUAUGACGUCAUUUCACCGGCAAAAUGCAUGGAAACUUUUAUCAGAAGCUUGGCGAGUCCGACAGCUUACGUGACGUCACUCGAAAAAGAGGUCGCCUUCCCUUUUCGUUCGCGUUUGUUACGGUUUCUCCUGGGUGUUAUUGUUAUAUUUUAGGUAAUUUCGUGAAUUGUGGACUACAUCAUUAACAAGACACGAAACUUCUUGAAUAGUUCAGUACAAAAAGUUUGAGAAAUAUAGUAGCCCCUUGAAGAAACAAGUGAUAAUUGCAACAAUUUAUAAGAGUUGCGCCCAAGGUGCAUGGGCAUUCGGACUGCUUCCGCGUUCGCUCUGUAAUGGAAACUGAUGCCCGAGAGACUCCCAAGAAUGAUCCCAGAAAUAUGCUGGUUAUGACAGCGGUGGGCCUGGACCCGCCGCGCCGCGACCCCACACCACAGUACCUGACUGAACGCGACGCCUGUCUCAAGUACUUUGAGAAAUGGAGCGAACAGGAUCAGGUGGAGUUUGUCGAGUACCUGCUCUCACAAAUGUGCCACUACCAGCACAACAACAUCGACACCUUCCUCAAGCCCAUGCUGCAGCGCGACUUCAUCUCAUUACUACCAGACAAAGGCCUGGACCAUGUGGCGGAGAACAUCCUCUCGUACCUGGACGACCGUUCGCUGUGCGCCGCCGAGCUGGUCUGCAAAGAGUGGAAGCGCGUCAUCAGCGACGGCAUGCUGUGGAAGAAGCUGAUCGAGAAGAAGGUGCGCACCGACCCGCUCUGGAGGGGACUGGCCGAGCGGCGAGGAUGGGGCCAAUACCUAGGGAAGCCGAAACCAGGCCAAGCGCUACCUGACCACCAAAAAUACCGUAAACUCUACCCGAAAAUAAUCAAGGAUAUCGAGAGCAUAGAAAACAACUGGCGAACGGGCAAGCACAACCUACAGAGGAUAAACUGCCGUUCGGAGACCUCCAAGGGCGUCUACUGUCUGCAGUAUGACGACAAAAAGAUCGUCUCCGGCCUGCGCGACAACACCAUCAAGAUGUGGGACAGGAACUCGCUCCAGUGCACAAAGCAAGUGCUCACCGGCCAUACUGGCUCGGUGCUGUGCCUCCAAUACGAUGACAAGGUGAUCAUCUCGGGCUCGUCCGACGCCACGGUCCGUGUCUGGGACGUGGGUACGGGAGAGCUGGUCAACACACUCAUCCACCACUGCGAGGCAGUGCUGCAUCUGCGCUUCGCUCACGGCAUGAUGGUCACCUGCUCAAAGGACCGCUCGAUCGCCGUAUGGGACAUGGUAUCGCCGACCGAGAUCAACCUGCACCGCGUGCUGGUCGGACACCGAGCGGCCGUCAACGUGGUCGACUUUGACGAAAAGUACAUCGUCAGCGCGUCGGGAGACCGUACCAUCAAGGUAUGGAACACGUCCACGUGUGAGUUUGUGCGGACGCUGUCGGGCCACAAGAGGGGCAUCGCGUGCCUGCAGUACCGGGACCGACUGGUGGUCAGCGGCAGCUCCGACAACACCAUCAGACUCUGGGACAUUGAGUUCGGCGACUGCCUGCGUGUGCUGGAGGGACAUGACGAGCUGGUGCGCUGUAUCCGGUUCGACUCCAAACGGAUUGUCAGCGGCGCCUAUGACGGGAAGAUCAAGGUGUGGGACCUGCAGGCGGCGCUGAACCCGCGAUCACCAGUGGGCUCUCUGUGUCUGCGCACUCUGGUGGAGCACACGGGUCGCGUGUUCCGGCUGCAGUUUGACGAGUUCCAGAUCGUCAGUAGCUCGCACGACGACAGCAUACUGAUCUGGGACUUCCUCAACUACACUCCGCCGUCGGCCGGCGCCGGGCAGGAGAUGGACGCCGAGCCGUCAGAGGAGGGAGCCGCGGCGGCCGUGCUGCCGCGAGCCGGCGCCGCGGCCCGGCCGCAGCCGCCCAACCUCGACAACUACAGGAACCAAGAGGGAGAUGACGAGUUGAUGUGAGCGGGCUCCGCUCGGAUAGAUCUAGAAGACAUUUUAACCUCGUUUAUGUUUGGCGCGCGCUGGGCCGGGCCCGUGAUGUGCACCGCCAGUUCACAGUGAAGAUACACACUAGGGUGUGGGCUAGCGAGUCGGAGCGGCUUCCGAGCGCGAGUAGAGGCCGGCGCGGCGGCCCGAGCUGCGCGCCGCGGGGGGAGCACAGUCUGCCGCCAGCACCGAGCGAGUCGGACGGCCGACUGAUCUGCAUCUCUGCGCGUGUGUCGGUGUGUGGCUGGGUGUGCACGGGGACGGGUGUCUGGGUCGCGGGAUGGGUCAGACCGGGCCAGCGGCGAGCGGUGAUGUGCUCUGCUCGCCGGCGCCGCGAAAUACGACCCGAGUGUGUGCGUGUGUUUUAUCUAUGUGACAUUUACGUGGCAGCGAAUCAGGUUAAUUUGAUUGCUCGCGCGCGACCCGGCGGUAGCGACGCGCCUUAGGUGCGCUCGCGGCGGCGGGGCUCGUUGUGAUGUACCCGAGACUGCUCUCCUGUCUCGGGUCGGCUCGCGCGCUCAUGCGCGAGCCCGUAUGCGCGCGUGAUUUAUCUGUCGGCGCGGUUGGCAGUUGAUAGGCGCCGCGCCGCCGGCCGGCCGUUCAUUCCGUGUCUGCCUGGCUGUCCGUCUGUCUGUCUGUCUGUGUGUCUGUGAGGCGAGCGAGCGACUGUCCGCGGCCGGCGCGUGCUGGCAGCUGGCCGGCGCCACCGACGCCACCGGCGCCCUUUCAUGCGUCUCCUCACUGGUCCGACUCCCGAUGGUUUGGCAUUACAAUAAAUUGAGUUCGGCUCGCC